AUGGCUACUACAGCUUCGACUGGUGCAUCAUGCUUGUUUUCAAUAACUGUCACUGUUUUACUAUUUGCUUCCAUGCAAUUAUUUCGACAUCAAUUAGCAUCAAAUCAACAAUUAACAAUUUUGGGUGGAUUUCUUGGAUCAACAAUAUUCAUCUCUCUUUUAACGGCAACUAGCAAUCUUGAAAUGCAAUUAUUUGGACCAACAUUUCAAGCCAAAAUAUUUCCUGAAAUUAUUAUUUGUUUGUUAAUAUCCAUGAUGAGUUGUGCAUUUGUCCAUCGUGUCUGCGUAACUACAUGUUUGAUAUUUUCAUUGAUAGCAUUAUAUUAUAUCAAUAAAAUUUCGCAAAAUAUUUAUGGUACAUCAGCAACGGUCAAUACGUAUUCAUCUUCUACUGUAUCAAAAAAACGAAAGUAA